GAUGUGCCCUGUUCAAUUUGUCGCACAGUUCUGGGGACUCACUCUCCCUUGAGUUUUUCUUGAUCGGUUCUUUGGUCUGUGUUCGCUUCAGUUUUUCUCGUUGAGCGUGUAAGACUCGCGUAAGCCUCGGUAAUCUAGAGCCAAAUCUGGAAUUCCCGCCCCACCCGCUCUUGAGGACCUCGAUCACUCCGCCUUUGGGAGUGGUGGCCCGGGUUCGAGACCCGAUUGCAUUCCAUCGCGGCGUCUGACCCGCCAUGGCCCGCAAAUUUCCUUGCCCGCCUGUGGAAGAGGACGAGGCGGCCUGCACGCGGGAGCGGGAACCAACCAACACUCCGCCCACGUCGACCAGCGCCGCCCGCCGGACUACGGGCUCGUCCACCCCAGAGUGGCACGAAGAAGAGUGGGACACGGUGCACACGGGUCAAACGCCCCAUUCCUCGUUCUCAUCCCAUGGGAGCUCAAGCUCCGGACCGGCCAGGAUGGCCCACCUGGGACCAACCGACAUGGAAGGCGGUUUCGAACGCCCUGUGCCCCCUCCAGGGAACCAUGGUGGGGCGGUGCCGCGUCGAUCGGCCAGUUUUCGCCAAGCCGCAGCCUUGGAACUGUCGCGGCGUGCGGCUCUCAAUGCACGCCGACGUCGCUUGGAUAGCUUAAACUUGGAUGAGUCCGUCGUGAGUGGGUCGGAGGGUUGGCGCUCCGGCUUAUUAGAGCACGUGACCGAGUGGUGGCCCACCUCAGGAGCCUUAUUGGCCGGAUUGACCGGUCUUGAGGGUCAAGGCUCGUGUCCGGUGCAAGAAAUCGAGGCUGAAGGCAGCGAGCUCUAUUUGCACUUCUUCCAUGAACAAAUGAGGCGAGCUGGACUCGAGGCCCGGCCUCUAGAGGAAUCCGAGGGUCUGAUGGAUUACCAUGAUCAUUCAGCGCAUAUGGACGCAUCCGAUGGAGGUUGGGGAUCGCCAUCAUCGCCGCCAUCGCCGUUCUCGGUCCGAUCCUCAAACCGAAGACGAAAUGACUCUUUUAACCUCGGAAAUUUUCAGAACCCAGCUUGGCGACAAGCAGGUCGGGAUCUACAAUUGCUAGCCGAUGAAUUUUGCCGCUCUCGUGAGCGAGACCAGGUCCGAUGGCGAGCAGAGCAAGUGGAUAUCCGCUCUUUGACCAUGAAUAAGUUUAUGGCUCUACUGAAUGAACUUUUUGAAGGCGGUCAAAUUACUCGUGAGCGGAUACUCGUCCUAUUCUUCUUCUGUAGUGACGUCUCAAUCUUGGCUGUGAAGCAUCAUUUAAGUGGAAUUUUAUCACAACUUACCAAAUGGACUUUGGCCUUUAUCAAGGAUCGAAUCUGUCUUUGGGUACAAUCUAAUGGUGGGUGGCAAGCCGUUCUCAGAACCGGAUUGAAUGUAAUCCAACAGUUGGCCAUCAUUGGGACAUGUGCGGCCAUUGUUUCUGUAUGCCUUCUAUUUGCCAAAAAACAUCUCUAAUAAUCGAUUGUCAUCUUCAACUCCCCAGUCAGUCCAGCAACUCAAUUGCCUCAAUGUCAGUCCAAAAAGUUUAUUUAUAAUUCAAAUAUUUUUGAUGAAGUCGUUCUAAACGGCAUUGAUAUUUUUAGCGGAUUAUAUAUACACACUUUGGUUUGUUUUAGUUUUAA